GGCUGCGGGGAGCCGGUGUCCGGGCCUUGCCCCCCCUCCCCCCAGCUGGGGGCGGGGCCGGGCUGUGCUUCCCCUCCCCCCCCCCCCCCACGGUGUAUAUAGGCCGGGCCAAGGCAGCCGGCGACCGCUGCCGUGGGUAAAAUGGCCGCCGCUGUCGCGCGGGGCGUGUCGGUGCCGGAGCUGCCGCGGCUGCUGGCGCGGGACCCCUACCUGGCCCCCUUCGCGCCCGACUUCCAGCGCAGGUAUACCCUGUUUCAUGACCGAUUGAAGAACAUUGAAGAAAAUGAAGGCGGCCUUGAUAAAUUUUCAAAAAGUUACAAAACCUUUGGAGUCAAUCAAUUUGUGGAUGGCGGACUAUAUUGCAAAGAGUGGGCUCCAGGGGCAGAAGCAGUGUUUCUUACUGGCGACUUCAAUGGCUGGAAUCCAUUUUCUCAUUCAUAUAAGAAAAUUGAUUAUGGGAAAUGGGAGUUGUUCAUCCCACCUGGACAAGAUGGAUUCUCUCCUGUACCCCAUGGAUCAAAAUUGAAGGUGGUGAUCCGUAGUAAAAAUGGAGAGAUUCUCUACCGUAUUUCACCUUGGGCCAAAUAUGUAGCUCGCGUAGAUAGAAAUGUGAAUUAUGAUUGGAUACACUGGGAACCACCACUGCCAUAUCUACGCAAACAUCCUCAACCAAAGAAACCAAAAAGCUUAAGAAUUUAUGAAUCUCAUGUGGGAAUUGCUUCCCCUGAAGGGAAAGUUGCUUCUUAUAAAAACUUUACGUAUAACAUACUACCUAAAAUAAAGAAUCUUGGAUACAAUUGUGUUCAGCUGAUGGCUAUUAUGGAACAUGCGUACUAUGCCAGUUUUGGUUAUCAAAUCACAAGUUUUUUUGCAGCAUCAAGCCGUUAUGGAACCCCAGAUGAUCUGAAGGAAUUGAUUGACGUUGCCCACUCAUUGGGAAUUACUGUUCUAUUGGAUGUUGUACACAGCCAUGCAUCAAAUAACUGUGAGGAUGGUCUGAACAAAUUUGAUGGUACAGAUUCCUGCUUUUUCCAUUCCGGUCCUAGAGGAACGCAUAGUCUUUGGGACAGCAGACUUUUUGACUAUUCAAAUUGGGAAGUUCUGAGAUUCCUUCUCUCUAAUUUGAGAUGGUGGAUAGAAGAAUAUGGCUUUGAUGGCUUCCGGUUUGAUGGUGUUACAUCUAUGCUAUAUCACAAUCAUGGAAUUGGUACAGGCUUCAGUGGAGAUUACCAUGAAUAUUUUGGUCUACAUGUUGAUGAAGAUGCCCUCAUUUAUCUAAUAAUGGCCAACCACAUGGUUCAUUUAUUGCAUCCAGAAUCCAUAACAGUAGCUGAGACUUCAGAACAUCAUGCUGUCAGGAACUUACCAGAGAUUGCCCUGCACAUCUCAGCACGGGAUGUUUCUGGGAUGCCAGCUCUUUGUUGCCCUAUUGCACAGGGAGGAGGUGGAUUUGAUUAUCGGCUGGCCAUGGCAAUUCCAGAUAAAUGGAUACAGAUAAUUAAAGAGUUGAAAGAUGAAGACUGGAAUAUGGGCAAUAUAGUGUACACGCUGACAAACAGGCGGUAUGAAGAGAAAUACAUUGCAUAUGCAGAGAGCCAUGAUCAGGCCCUUGUUGGUGAUAAGACGUUGGCAUUUCGGCUGAUGGAUGCAGAGAUGUAUACAAAUAUGAGUGUGCUUUCACCUCUCACUCCGGUUAUUGACCGUGGAAUACAGCUUCAUAAAAUGAUUCGCCUCAUUACUCAUGCACUUGGAGGAGAGGGCUAUCUCAACUUCAUGGGUAAUGAAUUUGGGCAUCCAGAAUGGUUAGACUUCCCCAGAAAAGGAAACAAUGAGAGUUACCAUUAUGCCAGGAGACAGUUUCAUUUAGCCGAUGAUCACAUUCUUCGCUAUAGAUUCCUAAAUGCAUUUGACAGAGAUAUGAAUAAAUUGGAAGAAAGAUUUGGCUGGCUUGCAUCUCCCCCGGCUUUUGUGACUGAAAAUCAUGAAUCAAAUAAGGUCAUCGUAUUUGAGAGGGCAAAUCUAAUUUUUAUAUUCAAUUUCCAUCCAUCUAAAAGCUAUGCUGAAUACAGAGUGGGUGCUGAAACUCAAGGAAAGUAUAAAAUUGUGCUGGAUUCUGAUGCACCAGAAUAUGGAGGACAUCAGAGACUGGACCACAAUACAGAAUACUUCACUGAAAAAUAUUCACAUAAUUAUCGAUCUAAUUCUCUUUUGGUGUACAUUCCAAGCAGAGUGGCUAUUGUGCUCCAGAAUAUGGAUAUCCCGAACUGAAGAUAUUCAUAACCAUCACUGCAGAAGCAAAAUGUGGAGAAGAAAUAUUGUACAGCACUCAACAUCACACAGUUCGCACUAUGAAUGCUUUUUGAAACUAAACAUAGUAAUAUUAGGUCAUUGAAAUGUAGGAUUAAUAUUUAUAUAUAAUUACAGUGCUCUCAAGUUGUUAAAAUCUAAUUCAAGGCGACAAUAUAUGAAAGAAAAAGAAAAAUGCAUCUUUGCAUUUCUGAUAUCACAGCAUUACAUUUUAAAACAUUUCAGAGCAGCUGGCAUUCUCAAUUAAACUGUCAUUUCCAGUGUCUUAUCAGGAACAAUGUUGUACUGAAAGUGUUCUUGCUCUGAUUUCAGCAAUUUCUUUGAAUCCUUUUUUAUCAUUUUGGUAUUGAAUUCAAAUACUCAUUACAGAUCAUUGUCUCCUGUUAGGGUAAAGAGAAACAGCAUGUUGAAGUAAAACACAAAUAAUCUGACAAAAGGCAGCCUUCUGUGUUUGAGGGAUCCCAUUCUGCAGCAAAUUCCAAGAUACAUCUAGGGUGUGCAGUUUUUCCAAUCAAGAAUACAGUCCUCUGCCAUUUUUAUUUAAUGAAAAUUUCACAGUAAAAUCUUAAAAGCUAGUGGAUAAACUGGGACACAUGUCACCUGGGUUCUAGUCAUGUCUGUCUGUCACUUAUCUGUUGUGCAAUCUUGGGCAAGUCAUUUCACUCUGUGUUCCUCAGGUUCCAUUUCUGAAAAACGGGGCUCAUGAUACUUGCCUACCUUUUGCAAAGCAUUUUGAGGUGAGAAGUGCUCUGUGAGAGCUAAGUACUAUUACACUUACUGAAAUGAUACAAUAAGUGAAACAAUUUUAAAAAGAACAUUUAUUCUUCUACAUACUCUCUCAUAAAUCUAAGGACCCUGUAGCCACUGGUUUCGCUGCUUCCUAAAGCUGCCAUUUAACUUGGAGCACUUGUAAUGUAGAUCUUGCAUUUUUAUAAUUUAAAAAAUAUUUUGCUUACCAGGAAGAAACAGUAUUAGAAAUAUAGAUCUAUGUUAUUCAAACCAAGCUUUUUGAUAUGUUCAAGCUAGUAAAUGGUUUGGAGUGCUGGCUGAAAUUGUUGUCUAAGUGAAUUCUUUACAAGAAGUGUAGCAUAGUAAAGAAUAAGAUUCUGUAUAUUCAAAUUGUAUCAGCAGAGUAUUCAUUUUAACUCUGAAAAAGUCAUACAGAUUUAAAGACAAAUGCUAUAUUUUGCUACACUAAUUUAAAAACAUGUUGACCUACGUAUUUGUAUAUGCUCCAAAAUAAGGUUCUGUUUUGCUUUACAAUCCAUUUUGAUUUACAGUUUUAUUUUAUAUGAUAUAAAAUAUGAUGUAUAUAAUUUUAUAAUUUAGAAAUAUUCAACAGAGAAAAUGUCCACAAAAAGUUUUAUUAAUUCAGGGGUCCCCAACACGGUGACUGUGGGUGCCAUGGCGUCCGCCAGGGCAUUCUUGUGCAUCCGCAGGACACCCCGCCACUGAAAUGUCGCCGAGAAGUGUUGUCGUUUCUCAGUGGCAUUUCGGCAGCGACGCUUCUUCCCGCUGCCACUUCUCUGCAGUGGCAUUUCGGCGGUGGGGUAUCCAGCACCUGCCACAGUCUUCUGGGAUUAGCAAUAUGCUAUUAAUAUGCUAUGCCACUGUAUUAAUUCAUAGUUUUAUACAUCAGUCAUCUUCUAUGUAAGUCUUCUAAAUGGCCAAACAUUUAUGCCCACAUUGACAAAAACCUUGCACAUUUUUGAAUACACUUAUUAGAACUUUAACUUGGAAAUAUUUCAAAAACAAAAGAAUGAGUGGGACAGCAUAAUAUAACAUGAUGGGAAACCAAAGUUUUUGAUAGAUUUCACAUUAAAAGGGGUUCAUGAACAUCCCAAUUCUUACUGUAUUCUGUGCAACAGAUAUGUGAAAGACAAAUUCCAUAUGCAACAGUGCUAUGUAAUGUCACAGCUCCAUUUCCCCCCUUAAUUCAUUGUGCAUUAAUGAGCUAUAAAUGCAUUCCCAUACACUUACGCUUAAAAGUACACUGAAGUGUUUUAAUAACUGGAACCAAUUAUUGUUUCUAAAGUUGUAAACUUUGUAGUGAAAUAAAAAAUAUAAUUAUCUGCUAUAUUUACGUUAAAUUGAUCUACUAAUAUAUUCUGUAGAUUUUACUGGCACAUGUUCCAGCGUUCCAAAAUGUAAUGCAAGGCAAUUGCCCUUGUCAAACUUUUGUGCAAGAGAAGCAAUAAAUGUGUGAUGUGAAGUAGAAACUGUAAAAUUACAUGCAAAUAAACUGUGAGAAAGGUAAAA